AGAGGUCUUGGUGCAGGUUAUCCCGGGGUAGAGGGUGAAGCCCCUGGCCUGUUCAUCCCCUCCCAGGCAGGCUCUUCUCAGGCUGCUGGUCCCUGACCCGCCUCUGGGACAGCUCCCCAAACUGGGAAAUAGUUCUGAGUGAGAAGAGGGGAGGAGCUUAGGGGGGCCGUGCUUGCGGGCUGGGAAGUAGGCUUUCCCUAUGACUGGUCUGUUUGGCCAGGCUGGGAAGUCUCCCGGUGGGAAGAGGCCGAGGCAGUGGGUGAAGGAGGGGUGCCUGUACUAGAGUCCUGGGUGACAGUGGACAGGGCAGAGGGCGAGUAGGCGCAGCUCUACCAGGAAAUUGCAAAUGAGAGGAGGCAGCAGGAUUUAAACUCUGAUCAGGGGAGCGAGGUGUCUGGUGAGCAGGCUGUGGCUCUCUUCGCAGCCUGGCCUUGGGGUCCGGGUUGAGGCUGCGGGUGGUGGUAACUUUGAGGGCGCCCAGCAGGUGGACUGGUGUGGAUGGCAUGGGUUGAAGAAUCCCAAUCACCCCAAAGUUGUUCCACUUGAGGUUGGGGCGCAGUAUUGUGCAGGUUAGCAAAGAACGUGGCCCUGAUGGGUGUCAGGCCAGGUGGUAGGGACUCCUGGGGAGUGACAGCCUCAGGGUGGUGUGGCUUGAGCCACUUUUCCUGGGUGUAUGAGUGGUUCCUGGUCUUCAGGGGUGGGGGAGUGUUUCGUCUAGACCAGAGCUGACCAUUCUUGCCCAUGCGUUCAUGGCUAGGUAAGGCUGACCUUGUAGUUUGUCCUCAGACAUUCCCUGCCGCUGCCCUCUCCCCCAUCCCUGAGCUUAUAGAUGCCAGAUGUCUUAACACUUCAGCUGAUCUUUUGGCUGGAAUUUUAUGCCCCAGGAAAAUGCAGAUUCCUGGAGGGAUGUUUUUUCAAAUCUUCUCAGCUACUUAUGCUUUGGUGGAAAUUAAGUUUUAGACUUUUUUCAGAGGGCUUCUGGAGGAGGUGGGUCUAAAGGGCAGGGUGGGAGUGUAGCGUGCUAGGUGGGGGCUCCAGAGUGACCAAGGCCACACCUGCCUUGGCUUGGGAGGUUUGGCCACUGGGGUUUGCAGGACAGGAGAAGGAACAGGGGCAGACUGGCCUCUUGUCUACUGUCCAUGCCCUGGAGUUUGGGCCCAGGGGAAGGGGAUGGAGUUCUUUCCCCUUUCCGGCUGGCUCUCACCUUGAGUGGGUGGCCCUGGGUACCUUGGUGGAUCAGUGCUCUUGGGACCACCCAUGCCUUCUCCACAAAAUGUGCUCAGCCUCAGGGGGAGCAGAGGCGGGAGGAGGGCUGAGGGUUCUUGAUCCAGUCUCUGGGAUCCCCUCCCUCUGGUUUCUAGAGGUGCCCUGAGCCAUCAAUCCCAGCCCAUGCCCAAAAGCUGUCUCUGUCCCAUCAGUGUGUGUCCCCAGGUAGUGGAGACAAGGCCAGGAGGCUGGAUGCAUGGGCUUUGCUGAGACCCACCCCUCCCCCACCCGAGCACAAGCACACCUUUGAUUAGGAGGCGAUUGGCUUCACUUGUGCUGAGUUCAGGGCUUCUGUGGAGGGUGAAAUCUGCCGAGGAGGCACUUUUCAGCUCCCAGCCACCACGCUCGGCACUUUUCUGUGUGAUCUCUUCAGGAAGUCACCGUGUGCUCAGCAUUCGUGGGGUGGAGGGAGGAUGGCGGGUGGGAAAAGCUGGUGCCAGGGCUUUUCCUUUGGACUGACAGUGGCAGGACCAGUGCAGUGACGCUGUACCUGGACCUGAGGUUGGGGGAGCUCCUCCAGCUCUGCCUUGAGGACUUGACUCCGGGGGUAGGCGUGGGGCCCUGAGGACCUUCUGGCCUCCAGCUCCUCUGCCCCAUCCUCUGCUCUGGAAGAACAUUGGGGCCAGAGCCUCGGGGCAUGGCUGUGGGGAGGCGUCUCUGGCCCCCUUGCCUGCAGCCUCGCAUCCUGAUGCAGGGCUGGGUGAGGAGGGGUCUCUACCCUGAAGUGCCUGCUUGCUGUGCCCUCGGGUUAUGACGACCCCCAAUAAAGGAAACAAGGCCUUGAAGGUGAAGCGGGAGCCGGGAGAGAAUGGCACCAGCCUGACAGAUGAGGAGCUGGUGACCAUGUCAGUGCGGGAGCUGAACCAGCACCUGCGGGGCCUGUCCAAGGAGGAGAUCAUCCAGCUGAAGCAGCGCCGGCGCACGCUCAAGAACCGCGGCUAUGCCGCCAGCUGCCGCGUGAAGCGGGUGACCCAGAAGGAGGAGCUGGAGAAGCAGAAGGCAGAGCUGCAGCAGGAGGUGGAGAAGCUGGCCUCGGAGAACGCCAGCAUGAAGCUGGAGCUCGAUGCCCUGCGCUCCAAGUACGAGGCCCUGCAGAACUUCGCCAGGACCGUGGCCCGAAGCCCUGUGGCGCCAGCUCGGGGUCCCCUUGCUGCUGGCUUGGGGCCCCUCGUCCCUGGCAAGGUGGCCGCCACCAGCGUCAUCACGAUAGUAAAGUCCAAGACGGACGCCCGGUCGUAGGGAUGCGCUUGCCCAGGCGGGUCUGCAAGGGGCCAGUAGGCGCAUGGCAAAUUCAGCAGCCCUGUCCCCUUCUCCCUCCCUCCUCUUUCUCCUCUUCUCUUCUUUUCCUCCUCUCCUACCUCCUCCCUUCCCUGCAAAGCACAACCUGCACCCCAGGGGCGCCGGGCUGAGCCCCUUUGAUCUCGUCGUUGUCAUCGUGUGUUUUGUACGUUGGGAUUGGUCAGUUUGGUGGUGACGUGGGGUCGCCCCCGCCCCCUUUGUCCCACGAGCAGGUGGGCUUGGAGUCCAGAGUCGGCCUGUGGGAGUGAACAGAGAGAAAGAUUGACCGGGUGCUCUGGGGCACAUGUGUCCCUGAGCAGGGAGGGCUGCAGGGCAGGAGAGAGGCUGUUCUCCUUGCAGAAUGGCCCACAGGCUCUGACAGCCGCCAGGCUAGCGGGAGGCCGGGAGGCCGGGCAGUUCACUCUCAGCUCAGCCUGCAGGCAUAGGUAGGCACUGCUCUGCAGAGUAGGCUGUCCCUGAGGGCCCUGGACAGGCGGGCCACUGGUCUGGCGCUGGGGGGGAUGGGGUGUCGUGUGGCUGUGGGCCGGGGGCCUUGGCACUCACACCUGACGUGUUGCACUGAACAAGACCAAAUCACUGGUUGUGAGCGUACGUGAAGGGUGUGUCCAGUGUCCUGCGAUGGGUCCCGUGUCACUGUUUACAUGACCUAUUUGUGUGGUUACAUAGCCCUUUAUUUAAAAGAGAGAAGUUCCUUUUACGAAGUUAUUAAAUUAUAUGUUUAAAAGCUAAAGAAAAAAAAAGCUGCAGAGUAUUUAUAAAACUGUCUUUUUAAAAAAAAAAAAGCGAGAACAUUUGACCGUAUAAACAGAAAAGGGAAGAAAGUAUAAUAGAAACUUUGCUACUUUAAAAAAAGAAAAAAAAAUCCUUUCUUGUAAACUUACAGACAAGUCUUUGUGGCUGUUGAAGUUUAGUUUUUAUAUACACAGAGUUAUCAGACGUUAUUUAUAAAACUUAGUUAAAAAAAAGACAAAAAAAAAGCCAAGCCGUGAGCGACCAGAAGGCGCGUCCUGACGUCCUCUUUGCUAUCUCUUUUGCAAUUGUACCGAAAGUGACUUACUCCUUUGCCCUUCCUGCUUCUGUCUCUUGCCGGUGCCGUGGUGUUGUCUGUGCCUGGUGAGGUCUUGUGCAGCGUCACGUGCUGGUGCUUCUGGUGACCUUUGACCUGUGGGUGUCACUUCUUGUGUCUGUUCUCCCGUGUUUGUUUUUUGGAUUUGGUUGUGGUUUUGCUUCUGCUGGCUUGUCAGGCCUGGGCUGUAGUGCCAGGCUGCGCCUGCUCCAGUGGAGCUUGGGUGUCUGUGCCUCCAGCCCAGCCUCUUCUGCUUUGGCGCCCACCCCGAGCCCCCGGGGGGUCAGAUGCAGGGCUCUGCCACACCCCUCUGCUGACCCUUGGUUUCGCAUGUGUGUCUCAGGCUUGGGCUGAUCCAGUGGCAGGGUAGGUGAAACUGGGGGUCAUCCUGGGCCCCCCUCCCGCCCCCUCACUACUUCCUUGCCCACCAUCUCUGGCCCUGGGUGGGGGCUUGCAGGGACCACAAGGAGUCACUGUGGGUGCCCGCCAGGCCAGGGCCAAGCUGCCCCCGACUGUCUUCCUUCUGGCCUCCAGUCAAUGUGUUUGGGCUCCAGCCACCAAUCUGGGGUUUGUUCCGGUGGGUUUUGUGUGGGCCUCAGCAGGGGAACCCCAGGGGCCCGCGGCCCACUCAUCCCAGAACUAUUUCCAUGCUGCGGGACGGUGCUUCCCAGGCAGAACCAGGUGGUUUCGGGGCCCACCUGGGGCAGCCCCUUCUCCUUGCCUGAGGGCCUGGGGGUCUCCACCAGUGCCAGACAAGGGCUACGGUCUCCAGGGCCAGGUCCUGUCCCCCCUCUCCCCCUGAAAAUGCUGGCAGCUCUUGGCUAUGGGCCUUCUUUCAACUCCCUUUGGGGUCUGUGUCUUCCAGGGAUCCACUGCUUGGCUUGUGGAGGUGCUUCCCCGGGGCUAAGCCCACCUCCCCGUCCUGGCCACUCGGUGAGGCAGCCAAGUCUCCCAGACUUGGCUCAGGCAGCUGCUCGUAGGCAUGUGAUGGGGCUGCCUGUGGUGCCUGCUCCCCAAGAGGCUACUGCCCUGGCUCUGGCCGUGUGGGGCUUGGCUACUCCUUGGAGUUGCUGGUUGGCUUCUCUGGGGGUCCUGAACCCCUGAAAAGGCACAGACAAGUGAGCUAAUGAAAAGAAAAACAAUGCGUCCAGGCAGGGUUUAACCUUGUGGACAGCAGAAUCUUCAUCCCAGAGUUUACAGUGUGCCUGUGGGAUAGGAGGGGGGAUGUGCUGUCAACUUCUGUUGUCUUGAUGGGCUGAUCUUGGCCCUAGAUAUUCAGAGACAUUCCUGGCUGUACCCAGGUUGGCCUGCAAUGGAGAUUUUGACCAUUGACUCUGAAUCACUUAGUGGCUUCCUUUGCCUCCCUGCAGUCUGGCUUUGUCCACCUAAGGUCCAGACGAGAGUAGUUGAUGUUUCUUGUAGCAGCAAGUUGGAACCACAUCAUAAGAAUCCCUAAAGAGAGAUCAUGCCCUGUCCUGGACAGGGGGAGGGACAGGCUCCCCAUGUCCAAGUACGGUUCCCACUUUUAUCCUGGCUGGGAGGUGGUCCUCCAUCUCUGUGCACCCCUGCCAUGCUGUAGACCUAGAGAGAGGAGGGUUUGAGGGUGAGCAUGUGCUGAACAGAAAUUGCAAGUCCUUGGUUUGGUUUACAGACGCUUCUGGAGUUAGUGAAGCUAUACUUCCUUUCGAGGUUUUUGGAUUUGGAGCAACUGUUCCUUGGGUCUGGGGGAGCAUCCUGCUCCCAUCAAGCCAGUCUCUCUGGGGCUGCUGUGCCCCUUCUCCCCUUCACUUUGGUUAUUGACAGUAGAUCCUGUGUCCACAUGUGACUGUUUGGCGUCUUUCUGAUUCUCGUUAAUUCGUUUUUCCUACUGUGAGUGUGUUGUGUUCUCUCUCCUCAACUUUUUGACACAGCGAAUUGAGGGCUUUGGCCGAGGCCAAGUCUCCCAAACUUGUCCACUAAGUAAACCAUAAUGUGCACCUUCCUUCACACCUUGCCCACAUCCUCCCUAUCCCAACAUGGACACUCAGAUUUCAGAGGAGAACCCUUUGAGAACAGGUCAGCUCCUGCCCAGAGUAUGGCCCCAGGGAGCCCUCCCCAUGGCUCUUGGCUGCUGCUCCAGGUGGCACUGCGUUUGUGCAGGUGAGAAGUUGUGGCUGCUUUGUGGUGUGCUGGUUUCUGUCGGGUGCCAGGCCUCCCUGGAGGCUUUUCUACUCUUGGUCCAGGCUUCAGGUCUGGGCAUAACCCUGAUCAUCAGCAGCAGCCUUGAUGGUCGGUGGCUGGGCCCACGGCUCUGAUCAGCUGCAGCCUGCUUUGGGAUGGGUGGUCGAGCCCCAUCUUGUCCCUGCGACUUCCCUCUCUGGGGUGGCCGGUUGGCCAAAGCUUCCGUCCACAGCUGGGAAGCCACAGCCUGCAACACUGUUUCCGCUCUAGGAUCUUUUAAGUUACUUUUUUAGGCUGUGGUUUGGUGAAAGGAACCAACACAUUAACGAUUUUUUUCCCCAGAAGCCACUGAAUAAUUCUUGCUGGCCGGUUUUCGCCUUCCUUUUGGCUGUCUGGUUUUGAAGCAGAUGGGAAGAGGCAGGGGUGUGCCCUCGAGACUGAUGGCUUGUCCUGCUCUGGCCUUUGUGUCCUGAGCAUGUGCUGUACCUGUUGGACCAGUCGCACACAUUUCCACCCCACUCUGCAGCAGCAGCCUUGGUACGUGGGUGUCCCUUCAGUCUGAGCUAGAGUGUAGGAGAGCUUGUCCCCGAUGACCUGUGAAGGGGGACCCCUCUAACAGCCUCAUGUCCCAGCCCCACCCUUCCCCACAUCCCCUCAAUCUGAAGCCUUUAACCAAACGGGAGUGGGUACAGAAAGCCUUCUCCUGGCAUCUUAGGGCAGCAGGACAAGGGCUGUCCAGUGUGUCCAGCUCUGCUGCUCUCCUGGCGCUGAGAAGUGGGCGGAGCAGAGUUGAUCAGACCCUGCCUGCCCUGCCUAGGGCUGAAGACAGGAGGUGGGGUGGGUACGCUGGGAUCUGCCGGGGUGGGCGGGGGUUGUUGAAGAUCCAGGUGGGGAGGGGCCCCACUGGAGCACUCUGGCUGACCUGGGUGGCGUCGGCCUCGCGCCCUCCCUACCCUGUGCAGUAUUUAUUGCUAAAUUAUUGUCCAGGAGGGGCGGCACUGGGCCGGGCCCCGGGUAUUUAUUGCUGUACAUAGUGUAUGUUUGUGAUAUAUAAGGUUUUCUUUAUUUUGUAUAUGAUCAAUAAACACCUUUUAAAGAGA